UCCCUCUCAUCUCGCUUGUUACUCAAAGGAAAUGGAUAGCAGCUUGGAUUCUCAGCUGAGUAGCCACCUUAAAACUGAUCCAAAUCCUGGUCAAAUCUAUUCGGACGAUAGGCAACUAGAUUGGUCUCAAGUCACGCAAAAAGCAACUGGAUCAAACUCUGUGAUCUCUUCUGAUCCAGGCACCCUUCAAGGAGGAGGAGGAACGGAACAUACCUUGGAUAUGUCCACUGUCAACGUGAGUCUCAUCAUCACAGUGUCCUUUUUUGGAACUCUGGGUCUAGGAAUGGUGGCUGUGAUGCUGGCUGGCUUGUGGUUCCGCUUUUGUGGUGCUAAAAAAUCUAAAAAUCCAGAAGACUUGGAACAAGCAGAAGACGUGGAUUACAAACACCUUCAGAUGAUAUCUUCCAGAUCGAACUCCUUCAACCCCGUCUCAAAUCAGAUACCUGAAAUGACCAAAACAGACCAAAACUCCACAUCGAACAAAACCGACAACGGCGAUGACUCGCAACUGCCAGACACGUCUGUUAAAGGAGAAAAAGUUAGAGCUAAAAAGGAGACGAGGAAUUUUCUAUCGGUCAAGGACGCUCUCAGACCCCCAGAAGGCAAAAAGAGGGUCCGUUCGACUCGGAGUUAUAACUACAUCAGCGUUGAUAGUGGCAAUGAUAGAACAACAAAAAAUUCGGGUGAAGUUGAAGUAAACAACAACAAUAAUAACGAGUACAGUACCAAACGAGACGACGAUAAUUUGGAGUUCAGAUCAAAUAAAAUUGGAGAUGGCACAUCAUUCAAAAGCGCCAGCGAAAAAACAGUCUCGUUAAGCGCAAACUCACAUGAGAGCGACAAGAAAGAACAGUGUGACUCCAUCAGCGGGAAAAACCGCAACAGAAAAGCCUCAUCUCAAAAUAAUUUGCUUCCUUCAUUCGUCGUGACUAAAUUUAACGAAAGUCAAAGUUCGAUAGACGACGAAGCUGAUGAAAAUGAAAAAGAAUUGAGUUAUACCGAACAAGGGGAAAUUUUCAACGCGGAAGACAAGCUCUUGAAACAUUACAGAAACCGACGCCCUUUAAAUCAGUUCACUCGUUCUUUUGAUGGGGCUUACUUUGAUUCUGUAAACUUGAAAUCCGAAGAAAGUUUGCAAAAUAUUGACAAGAUUAAAGACGACUUCCCAAAUUUGUCCCGUGAGCUUGAAGAGAACGAAAGUCUUGACGCUAAAAAUGAUUUCAAUCGCAGACAUUCGUACAAUUUUUUAUCUGAAAAUCAAAGUUGUCAAUCGCAAAGUUUUUCGAAGGAUCAUUCAAGUAGAAGCACCCAUUUUUACCAGCCAAAAAGCUGUGACAAGUCGGAAACUUCGACUGAAAUUAGAGACUACAAAUCAUUCAGGCUGUAUUUAGAAAAUUCUGAUAAUUUUAGCUCCAAUUACGCAGUAAAAUCUAAUAAUCGGGAUUGUGAUAAAAAAAAGAGUUCACGAAAAUCGAACAAAAACACUUUAAGCGUAAGUGAACAAGAAGAAUUCUCAGGACAAAAAUCAGCCCCCCGUUGUAUUGAAAAGUCCCGCUCCGAAUGCGACUCGCCCCAACGACAGUAUCAAAAACAUAACAAGAUACAGCACACUGCAAAAAGCAUUGAUUUAUCAGCAUCUACUGAGAACAAGCUGCAAAAUAAAAGCCUUAAUUCAACCUUUUUGCCUCAUAAAAGAGAUUUUACAAACCAAUUUUUACCUCACCACCUAGUGUAUAAAUGUGAGGAAAUCGCACCUGAUUUUGCGACCCAGUUGGAAAAUAACAAAGAAGACAAAUUUGGUUACUCAAGGCGCGAUUAUUUUCCUCAUAUAUCACAGCCCAAUUUUCCUCCGGCCGCUGAUGCAUCAUCCUUAAUUGGGCAUCAAUUGGUUACCCCGAACAGCUACCAACCGUCACGUGGUAACUUCAAGCGAGACUCAAAUCGCCAGUCAGUUAGAACGAAAAGCAAAAGACUCCACAAGGAUGUUGGUUCGAUUAGUCCCCAGGAAUCAUGGCAAGACUUGUCUCUUUCCCAGCCAGAUAAGCAACUACCAGAUUACCGCUUGGCCAAUCUUAUCUCUCACAGCCAAAUUACGCAGGCUACUUCUAGUUAUAACCAGGGGAAUUCUAGUUAUAAUCAGGGUAUAGCUAGUUACGACAACGAGCAGCUAUCCUUGUCACAUCCUUUGGCAAAGUAUCCUCUAUACCCUCUUGUGACCAGUGGGGGGUCACUUGCUUCGUUCGACCACCGAAACGAGUUCAAUCCUGCCAAUCACAAUCUUCAAGAGAACAGUCAGAAUACAAAUUUGAGGCACUCGUUUUCAGACAGACACAAUAGAAGCUUCCGGGAGGAUUCAAAACUUCAAAAGAAGAACCGUCCUAACCUUACCCGACAAGCGCAAAUUGCACCGACGGUUGCCAAUUCGCGGGAUAAAUUUUUGAGCAACAUCGCAAAACCCUCUCGGAAUUUUCCCACAAUCUACGACAACAUCGGCAACCUAGAUCCAAGAUCGGAAGUAGUUUCGAGGAGCCACUUAAAUCCCAGGACCCCUCCGAUCACAGUGUCGAGGACUUUCGACAUGGGCGAGGUGUUCUCGACAUGUGGGGGGAACUCGGGAAAAACUGAAUUGAGAGAUGAGGGUGAUGAAAAUAGAGGACGGCGAAAAAGUGGAAAAGUUUUUCGCAAACAUCACUCAACUUGUGUAGACAAAAACAGUAAUUCAGAUGCAACUAACGAAGCUUCAAUCAGUACUCUAGUCCACAGUUCUCCCAGACGCAGUCAAGAGUUCCUCACAGUGCCUCAGUUCCAACCGGGAGGGGGACUUGGACCCCCAAGUAUCAUCAACAUGCUCCUGCCGGGAGAUCAAGGUCACGAUAACCGGAGGUCAAGCUUCGGAGACAGAUCCCACCCGGCUUGGAAGAGUGCCGACAGUUAUCGAGACAAACCCGAAUUCCGAAGGUCAUUCGAUGACCGCAUGUGCAUUCAAGGAACCUCGCAGAAUCAUCUCGGCCAAAAUAACAGGCCAAACAACGCUCUAAAACCAGUGGGUGACACAUGUAGAGAAAAAUCGCACUCUCAGGAAGUUAUGCGGAUUCGGAGUUCACUCUCCAUGAACAGAAGCAGCAACCAAUCACCUCACGGAACUUCAACGAACAGUUCAUUCGACCGAAAGUCGCCGAGAAACUCACGUCAAAACUCACGUCAAAACUCACAGGAGCACUUUCGAAUCUUGAGUCCUAGUUAUUGUAAUUCACCUGACCGUGAACGAUGGGCAAUCGGAAAAAAACGAAGUCGAGAGGGCUUGGGAUUGUCGCCCAGGAACUCUUGUGAUUCGCGGAACUCAUACCACGGAGCUACUCGGGAGCGUGGUAGAUCAAGUUCUCGGAGUCCCAGAGUCAGUCCAAAGAUUUCACCUAAUAAUUCGAUAAAUCAGCCUGACAUUGCACUAAGAGACAUGGGCGGCAACUUCAAUCGCAGCAUCGACUCGGAACACCGGAAGCGAAACUUGUACAUUUCGGAUUUUAACAGAUCUCAUGAUUCGACAGACCGAGAGGCAAAUGCAGGACACGACUUGUGGAAUCUGCGGGCGACUAUGGAAAGUAGCUGGGAGGAAGACGAUGAAGAGGAUGAGUUCCCGAACGGCGUCGAGUUUGAGCUGGAAAAAGAGGAGUUGAUGCUCUUGGGAAGACAUGGGAUAAACAUGGACCUGGACAUGGACAUGGAUCCCUAUGAAAAUCUCCAUAGAAGGCCUCCAGUUAAUCAGGCAGUUCCCGUGAAUCAAAACAACCACCCAACUUCAUUUUAUGGCCAAUCUUUUCACGAUUUACCACGACGUGAUCACGACAACUUUAUUCUACCACAAAAUCACCAUUUUCACUCUAUCAAUAGCAAUACCUUCAGCAAAUUUCAUUCCACAAACUCAAACCGGAACUUCAAUGAAACUGCUAGCAGCAACGUGAAAGCAGAUGCAACUUCAAAUAUUUCAAACAGAGGUCAAACAUUUUUAAAUGUAAAUGACCUUAAAAACUUUAACAAUUUGAGAGGUCAAAGCCAAAAUAUUAAUUUGCUAUCUUCAAAUGACCAAAAUCAAACAAGUUUGUCCAAUUCGAACUUGGAAAAAAGCAAUAACCGGAGCCCGAAAUUGGAUCAAUUUGUAGUAAGUACUGUAGUCCAUGGUCAACACGAGACGGCGGUCGGGGCCGGGCAGAAACGAGUGGUGGGGUGUGGGGCUGGGGGGUUUGGGGCUGCCAGUUUCGACAGCAGCGGCACAGCUGAUUCGGAGUGCAGUGGAGCCGCACAGGUGGUGGGGACGACUAGUGGAAUGAGUCACGAAGGCACUCGGAAGUUCUCCAGUUCAUUUUCUAUUAAUGACGACAGUCUGUUCAAUGACCAAGAGUACUUGAGUGACUCGAACCAGCACUGGAGUCUGAAUGAGCGCACUUCAUCUGAGAUGCAGCAUCUCAAAUCGGCGGUGGGGGCGGCCAUCAGAGCAGGCACCAAACAGGACAGCAGGCGAAUCAUGAGAAACAGCACUCCUUCCUUCACUCAAGACACCAACAGGGCGGGUACUUCCACUGAUCCUCGGAUUCAACAGCACACAUCAGGGAGCAUUGUUGCAAUGAGACCACAUCAUCAUGGAUGUAGCAAGGAACUAGACUCAGGAGCUCCUCGGGAGCACAGCAAUAAGAGUAGUGGGAUUGGCGGCUGUGGUUGUGGCGGUGCUACUCAGCAGUCGAGUAACCCCCCUGCUCGCAACAAGAGUGAGUCUGCCAUGAGUAGCAUGAGUGAGUUGGGGGUGAAGAGCAGACUGUCUUACACUCUCUCCAACAAGGAGGAUGACUCACUCGAACUCGAGUCCCUCAAGGAGCGAAUAGUGCAGGAAACAGAGAAGAGCGCAGAACUUGCCAAAUCAAGACGUCACGCAUACCAGAAAAGAAGGUCAGGUCAGAUCUCCGAGAGUUUCGAGACACCAAACAAAGCCCAGAUGACCAGUAGGGUGGAAGGAAGUGGUCACGUGAUACCCAUCUUUGUGGGAGGGGAGUUAAACAGCAGCUUCACCAGCAGUGGGUCUCUCAAUGAUACAGAGUUCGACUCCCCUAUCAACGUGAACAGGCGUCUGCUGCCCCCCUCUUACAGGUCUGUGUUGCCGGCAGGGAGGGACUACAGCAUAGACAAGAAGACAGACAUGAUAUUCAGGGAGUUCCUCAAGACAGACAGCGCCACCCUACUCAAAUUGAAAUACGGUUUCAAAUCCCCGAGAAGAAUGCGAAGGUCGCCUCGGAACUCGAAGGGUCCCAGGAUCAAACAGGAAGACUCAAUUGAAGAGACUGAGGGAGAAUCAAACGAGGGUUCCGAUCCCAAUCUGCAACUGGGUCAACAACCUGGCGAAACUCUCACCCCAGCUGCUGGUAGCCCAGAGUCUGGACACGUUGCCGCUCCAGGAGAUGUUAGUUAUUCAAUGGAAUCCGGGAACCACUUGACGGUUGGGUAUGUUCCAAUGGGAACCCUCGAUUGUGCAGGGUCCGAUUGGUAUCACGAGGACUUCAAGAACUGGAGGACCAGACGGCUUUUGCCUCCGAUUAAGAGUCAGGAUUCAACUUCGUCUGACCAUCAUCAAAACGUGCCUGGUUCGACUCCCUUGUCGAGAAAUCCGUCAAUUUCAAAAUCUUGAGAUAAUUUCAACCCAUAAAAAAUAAAGAGUUUAAUUGAAAUACUAGCUAUUUAUUUGACUGUUUGCUACUUUUAAUUUUCCGCUCUACAAA